GUUGUUAUUUAAACUUUUAAAAUUUGUUUUUAUUCAAUUACCGAUUUAUGUGUUUUUUAUUAUUUAUUGAUUAAUAUUAUUUUAGUGUAAUAUAAUAGUUAAUAACAAUCAAAAUAACUUUGUAUUCUAGUUAAUUUAUCAGUUAAGUUAUAACAUUUUACAAAAUAGGUUUUUUUCUUCAUGAUGUUAUUUUAUCGUCUACGAUUUAUCUAUACCUAUGUUUGAAUAAAGUUUACGUUUAAACUACUGUACUAUUAUUGAAUUGGAGAAAACAUUUCAUAAAGACUAUGGAGAAAAUAAAACGUCCAUUAAAUGAAGAUGAAACGGAGAAGCAAGAGUUAUCUUUGCCUCAAAAAAAAUACUACAGGCAAAGAGCACAUUCAAAUCCCAUUGCUGAUCACGAUUUUGAUUACCCCAGUUGCCCAGAGGCUUACGACUGGUCAACACUUUACCCGGAUAUAACAAAUGAAAAAUCCAACAUUUACAACAAGCGUGUUGAAAUGUUAGAUAUUGGAUGUGGUUAUGGUGGUCUCUUAGUUACUUUGUCGCCCAUGUUUAUGGAUUCAAUGAUUCUUGGAAUGGAAAUAAGAGUAAAAGUAUCUCAAUAUGUCAUUGAAAGGAUCAAAGCACUUAGAGCCAAUCAACCCAAUUGCUAUGAUAAUAUAGCAUGUAUAAGAACAAAUGCAAUAAAAUACUUACCAAAUUUCUUUAAAAAAGGCCAAAUAAAAAAGAUGUUUUUUCUUUAUCCAGACCCACAUUUCAAAAAAUCUAAACAUAAGUGGAGAAUCAUCAAUGACACUACAUUAUCUGAGUACGCUUACGUGUUGGCUGAAGAAGCACUAGUGUAUACAGUUACAGAUGUCAAAGAUUUGCAUGAAUGGAUGGUUAAGCAUUUCUCUGAACAUGGUCUAUUUAAACGUGUAGAAGAUGACGACUUAAAAGACGAUCCUGUUGUUGAUAAACUAUACGAGAGUUCAGAAGAAGGAAAAAAGGUGACGAGAAAUAACGGAGAUAAGUUUUUAGCAGUUUUUAUGAGAAUUAAGGAUCCAGAUUUAUAGUGUACAAUGUCAUUUAACAAAAAAUAAAAUAGAGAUUAAAUCUAUAUCUUUGAAUCUAUAA